CAACAUUUCCACACACAAAAACCAUACUACUAAAUCAUCAUCAUAAUAUACAAUCAUGAGUCCUCUAUCAGCUCCUAUUCUUACACUUCUUCUAUCACUAAUCACACUCACCCAUGCAACCACCUUCACCGUUGUCAACAACUGCCAGUACCCUGUAUGGGCCGCGGCAGAUCCAGGUAGCGGAAAGAGGUUGAACAAAGGAGACAGAUGGCAGGUAAACCCUGCACCCGGCACCAAAAUGGCUCGUAUUUGGGGCCGAACUGGUUGCAACUUUGAUGGCAAUGGCAAUGGCCGUUGUAACACUGGAGGCUGCGGUAAACUUGAUUGUGAUCCCGGCAAUUGGGGUGAAAUCCCAAAGACCUUAUUCGAAUACACUCUAUCACAACCAAACAAUCCUACAGACACCCUCGAUAUCUCGCUUAUCGAAGGCUUCAACAUCCCCAUGUCCUUCAGACCCAACAGUAACUCGGGUGCGCUUGGUGGAAAGUGCCGCACUGUGAGCUGCAGCGCUAACAUAAACGCGCAAUGCCCACAAAGGUGGAAGACCACCGACGGGUGCAAGAAUCCUUGCACCUCACCAGGUACUGGAACUUGUGGGGCUAAUGGUGACUCUAAAUUUUACAAGGGUAUUUGCCCUGAUGCUUAUAGUUUCCCUAAAGAUGAUCAAACCAGCACUUUCUCUUGUCCUCCUGGAACUGAUUACACCGUUACUUUCUGCCCAUAAAUAUGAUCAUGACCAAUAUGUUAGAAUGAUCUAGUAUUAUGAUUUAUGAUAGUAGUCAAUAAAACAGGUUCAUGACAUAAAUUAGAGCAUGUGUACACCCGUACACAUGAUGCUCUUAGCUUGCUUGUAAUAACAAUAAUAAUAGUAAGAUGGUUCUUUUUUUUCUGUUUA